AUGCUGUGCUCAAAGACAAAUCAAAAGCCAAUUAUCGCACUGGAUUGUGAUGGUGUUCUUCUGGACUCUCACGCUACAUUUGCUCAAAUCUAUGAAAAAGUCUUUGGGAAACAAUUGACUGUUGUCUCUCCCAAAUCUUAUCACGCGUCUACUGUGUACGAUGUCACAUUCACACCUGAAGAGGAGAACCGAUUCUAUGAAGUAUGGGAUGCCGAGGGGUGGCGCACAAUGCCAAUGAUAGAUGGUGCACUUCAAGCUUGUAAUUUACUGCAUGAAGCCGGCUAUGAACUGGUUUGCGUAACUGCGAUGCCUGCCUGCUUUACUGAUCAUCGUCUUGAAAAUUUUCGCUCACAUGGAUUUCCAAUCGAUCGAGUAAUCAGUACAGGUUAUGACAAAGAGAAUCCCAAAAACAAUCCCAAAAGAAACACCAUCGAAGCGAUGCAUCCAGUAGCUUUCGUCGAUGAUUUGAGACGAAAUUUUAAAGACAUUCAAGGCGUACAUACGAAAUUCGUAUUUAUUGAUAAAGAAUGUCACGAUGAUCCUAAUCAAUAUGAUAAUAUUUAUUACGAUGUUAAGUAUCCAAGUCUUCUGGCUUUUGUAAAUGACUUUCUUCAAAAAGAACAUGGACAACAGAUUAACUGGGCUCAAAGACCCGAAUUUCUUUUUUCUUCCUCUUGA